AUGCCUGCUUUUUUCUUGAAAGGAGGAACGAAAAAGACAGCUGGAGGAAAAAGAGUGAGUUCGGAUAUUGAAUUUGGAAAAAUAUGUUGAUUUUUUUUUUUUCAGAAAAAUGUGAAGAGUAGUGGAGAAAAGAACGAUGAAGUUGCUGCAAAAUUAUCGAGAAGGCAAAAAAUUAUGGCAAAUACUGAAAUUCAUUCAGAUGAUGAGGUGAGAAAAUCAGGGUGGUUCAAGUCUAAUUUGAAUUUAAAAAUUAUAAAAAUCAAGAUGGAAGGCACAAAAUUUGUAAAUUCUUUAAAAAUAUUGACACUAGAAGGAGUUCAGGAGACUCUAGGCUCCAACCCUUAUCACUACCAUUCUCUAGGCGCAAGCUCUUUUUCUGGUGUUCCGAAAUCUUACAAAAAAUUCCAAAUGUUGUUUUUCAAGUAUUCAUUUCUUUUUUUUCUCCAGGAUUCAUUGAUGGGAAGUGCACAAGGAUCAGAAGAUGGAAGUGAUGUCGAAUAUGAAGAUACACAUGAACGAAAUUUCCGAGAAGCCAAAAAACUAUUGGAAAAAAUCCAAACUCAAGCCACAAAUGAAAGCGAAGUCGCCCAAAAACUUCAAGAAGAUGCUGCAAUGAGAACUGGAACACAAAUGAAACAUAUUGCAAAUGUUGUUGAAUUAGAGGAUGAUGAUGAAAUAUCAUAUAAAUCACAUAGAUUAACACCACUUUGUGUUGCGUUUUCACCGGAUUCCAAAUAUAUUAUCAGUGCGGGAAAAGAAUCGAGUAUUGUCAAGUGUUAGUUAAAAAAAUGUUUUUAAAAAUUCUAUGACAAUAUUUUUUAGAUGAUAUUUCUCAAAAGUCAGUUAUUGGAGUUAUCAAAAGAACCAAAAAAGGUGGAGAUUCACAAACUGCACAUUUUGGUGUAAUUCAUGCUCUUGCCAUUUCACACGAUCAAAAAUACAUUGCAUCUGGUGGUUUUGAUAAUGUUGUUAAAAUUUGGAAUUUCGAAACAUUGGAACAUAUCAAAGAUUUGAGUGGACAUCGAGGAACAAUUUACUCAUUAUGUUUCCAAUUGAAAACAAACAAUUUAUUUUCUUCGAGUCAAGAUAGAAGUGUUAAAAUGUGGGAUAUUGAUCAAUUGGGAUUAGUUGAUACAAUGUAUGGACAUCAAGAUGCUGUCCAACAAAUUUCGAUUUUAUCAAAACAAAGAGUUGCGACGGCUGGUGGAAGAGAUCGAACUGCAAGAGUUUGGAAAGUUGAGGAUGAAUCACAAUUGGUUAGUUUAAAAAAGGAGGGAAUUUUUUAAACCAUAAAAAUACAUUUGAAAUUUUCAAAAAAUGCCGUGUCUACCUUUUUAAUAAUCUAAAUUCAAAUUUCAAGAUUUCUUUGAACUUUUGGGGGUUUUUUCUUCACAAAACUAUAUAGUUUCCAAAACUAAAAAUGCGAUGCUGAAUAAUUCUAUUAAAUUUAUAGAAAUAUUAAGUUUUUGUAAUUUGAGACAAGAAAAACAAUAAGAUGUGUUCUUCUAUACGAAUUUCUGCGAUAUUAUUUAUUUGAUUUUUCAGAUGUUCACUGGUCUUUCGAAUUGUGUUAGCCUUGAUUGUGUUUCAAUGAUAAAUGAGGAACAUUUUGCAACAGGAUCUGCUGAUGGGUUAGUUAUUUUCUUUUUCUUACAUUAGUUUUAUUAUGGUUCCACCGAUUUUGUUUGUUUUUUUUGUCUGUUGACAGAAUUGUCAAUACUAUGAGUCAUUCUCCUUAUUUUUUCGGAGGAGGGAAACAGUCCUAUAUACUUUUUUAUUCUACUUGUAAGAACAUUUAAAGGUCAUUUCAUUUCAUUGUUUGUUUUUUCAUUGAAGAACAUAAGAGUAUUAAGUAGGUGAAUAAUUUUUGCUGAACUUUUGAAUUAUUUGAACAACGGAUUGUUUAGAGUCUUGUAGUUAGGUGAACUUUGAACGAGGAUUCGAUCAUUAAAAAAAAAUAAUAAUUACCCACAAUUUUUUAUCCUGAAUUUGUCCGACCUCCAAUUCGAAUGAGAGACAGGAGAAAAAUUGUUGUAAUUUCGACAAAAUUGCGCAAUUUCCUGUUGAUUCCGAUCUCCGAAUGUUUCUUUUGGAGAAUUGCAAAAUGUGAGUGAGUGUGUAAAAUUAUCUGAUCGAAAACUUGUCCUUGUUUUGAGAAGGAAUAACAAUUGUUGUUUUUUCGGGAUUUGUUUUUUUUUUGGAAGGAAGAGAGGGUUUCUGAAAAUUAGCGUGGAAAAAUUUGGAAUUUUCGAAAAAAAAAUCACUAGGCUUGAGGUUUCAGUUCAAAUAAAAACUUUUCGAAGGAAAAAUUCCGAACUGCAAUUUUCAAUUUAUAUCUCAUCGAGAUUUUUUUCGAAACACUGCUAAACAUCCAAAAAAAAUUUUUUGUGAGAACUUUUCCUCGCUGAAAAAUAUUUUUUCUUCACAAAAAAACAAGGUUUCCUUGGAAACCAUUUCUUCACCCCCUUCUUUUCCUCAUUUUUUUGUUCUUCUGCCUUGUUCAAUUCAUUACGUACACGUGAUCCAGUCUUUCUUUCUUUCGUUUUUCCCCACGUGUACACACCGGAACGCCGCCACUUACUUUCCGUUUUUUUUUCGCAUUUCCUUCAGCAGUUUUAUGUGUAUUCUUUAUGUAUUUGCACAAGUCUUUUCGUUUUUUCUUCUUGCCAUUUUCUUUAUCUUUCAGUUCAUUCACGUUGUUAGAACUUUUUCGCGUGCGCGCCCCAAACUUCUUUUUUUCUGUUGAUUUUCGGUUAUUCGGCAAAGAGAUGAGAACUGUGAACAGCCUAGAAAAUAGUAGAAAAAUUUUUGAGUUCGGAUAAGUCUUUGAGAAAAUAUUUUUGAAAUUAAAAAAUUUGAAAUAAAAAACAGCCGUGAGAGCUUUUUUUCCUGAUAGUAAUCAAUAAUUCAACUACAAUUCUUCUUUCAUUUUUCGUUUUCAACAAAACUGACCACAUAAUUAUAGUUUUCUUUCUCUCUUCAUACCUUGUUCCGUUAUUAUUCAAGUGUUCUUCUUCUUCAUUUUCUUCUAGUAUUUCUUCGUCUCAUUGACUUCGUUUUCCAAGUUAUCGCACAUUUUCCAUUUCAAUUUCUCUUCCCAAUGUUUCAUUGUCCGUUUCGAAACUAGUUCAGAAACUAGACAUAAAAAUAUUUUUGUUGUAAACGGUCAAGCUUUCAACCUGUUUUUCUUUCCCGCCUGAAUGAUUGUAGAAAAAUUUUUUCAAUUUUCAAAAAAUGCCUUUCUCUCUCUCUCUGAAAAAUCAUAAAUCAACACAUACAUAUCUGCUGCCAAAAUCUGCAUGACUUUCGCUUUUUAGUAGUCGUGCCACCACCAAAAAAUUGCGAAAUCUUUGGAUUCCAGUCUCUUUUUUUUCCAAAUCGUUUUAUUAGAAAAAAGAAGAAACUAAAAGAGAAAGUGUUUUAAGCGUAUCAGUUGGUCGAAUUGGUGUUACUUAUUGUAGUCUAAUUUUUUUUCGAAUUUUGUUUUUCUAAAAACUUUGAACGCAGUUUUUAAUAAGUUUUAAAAAAAGAGACUUUUUUUGAGGAGGGAACUGAAAUAUAAAAGCUUCUUCAGCAUUUUUCUCACCGAGGAAAAAGUAAUUGUCGUUCAACACAAAAAAAACCAUAUAGUUAUGGUCUAGUCUUUCCUCCCUGUCAUUUAGAAUAAUCGUCAUUUGUGCUUGCUAAAUACUUAUGUAUGUAUUAUCCUUCUUAUUUUCUCCUCCUCUACGUUUUUUCUUUCAAACCGGUGUUUUCUCGAUUUUUUCCUAGUUUUUGAAAUUAUGAAAAUUUGAAAUUUCGCGCCAAAUUUCAACAUUUUGAAUCCCUAACUCUAAUUUGUUUUCAGAUCAAUUGCAAUUUGGUCAUUUUGGAAGAAACGUCCAUUGGUUGUUCGAAGACAAGCGCAUGGAAUUGAAAAUGGAAGUGGAAGAUGGAUUGUUGCUUUGUCGGUUUUGCCGUAUAGUGGUAAGCAUUUUUUUUGAGUUUUGGUGAUAACUUAAAGUCCUCACGUAGAUUUUCCCAAAUUUUCUUUCCCCACUUGGUUUUUUUUCGAAAAAUAUCAAUUCAUAUUUUCCAACAAAAAUGUUGUCAUGAUCAGAACCAGAAAGAAAUAUGUUUAUUCUUUGAUGAAUAGUCGUUUUUUUGUGCCAGGAAAUCAAAUCAUGAAAACAAAUAUUUGUUAUAGUCACAGCUGUUCGCCUUUUUUUCUUCUUCCACUUUAACCCUUUUUUUUCUAUCAAAUCUAUUCCUCCUAAAAUUGAUUUUUUUUCAGAUUUGUUGGCAAGUGGAUCGAAUGAAGGAGAAUUGAAAUUAUGGAGAAUUGCAGAGAAUUUCAAGUCAAUUACACCGUUUUUCUCAUAUUCGAUUGCUGGUUUCAUAAAUAGUUUGCAAUUUUCGCCGGAUGGAAGAAUGAUUGGAGUUGCGGCUGGAAAAGAACAUAAAGAUGGAAGGUGGUGGGUAAGUAGAAUUUGAAAAGGGUUUGCAAAACAUUUUUGACCACAUUUCUUCAGAACCCUCUGUAAUCUCACAUAUUUAUCAUUUUGCAGGUUGAUAAAGAAGCCAAAAAUCAAGUAAUAUUAUUACCAAUUCGAUAUACCGAUGGAAGUAUGAAAGAAAUUGAGAAAAACACUGAAAUUAAUGGAAGAAAUCGAACAUCUGAAAAGGCUGGAAUUGAAUCGGGUGAUGAAGAAGAAGAAAAUGAUGAAGAAUAUGAAGAUGAGGGAGAACUUGAAAUUGAAGUGAGUUGUUUUGUUUUUGAAAAAAUAUAAAAUGAUAAUGGGGUGAUCCAAGUCGAAAUAAUUGAUUGAAAAAAAAAAUAUUUUUUGUCAAGAAACGUUCUUUUCAAAUUUUUUUCGACUUGAGUCACCCUAUAAAAUAAAAUAAAAUCAUUUGUUUUUUCAUCUUUCAAAGUUCACACUUCUGUUUUUUCUAUUCUUCUCACAGCAUUUUUUAUUUGCAUAUUCAACCAUUCUUUCAUUUCAUAUUUUUCCAUCUAUUUCAAUUCGAUUUAAUUCAACCAAAAAAUAUGUUUCACACACACAGAAAAUCAUGUAUUUACAAUACCCACUUUUCACCCUCUAAUAAAAUGGAGGAAAACAAAUAUUUAUUUUUCAAUACUUUUUUUGGUAUGUUGAAAAAAUUAUGUUUUCAGGAUCUUCCGGAUGAUGAAUGA